UUGACAGUAAAUGGUUUAUUUUUGCUGUUGUGCGACUUUUUAUGAAGUGUAAUUCGUGAGGCUUAAAAUUCAUAUUAAAGGCCACUGUAACUGCAUUUCGUAUCUGGCUAUUUAAUGUAUCUUCGUGUAUUGCUUUUAACAAGUGCUGUGAGCCUUUUGAGAUCUCAUAGCACAACUGUAGCUGCGGCCAUGGCACUCAAAGCGUCGGAUUUCGAAGUUUUUGGCCGGGUUCAAGGAGUGUUUUUCCGAAAGUACACAAAGGAGCAAGCGGACAAGCUGGGGCUCCGAGGAUGGUGCAAGAACACCUCCCAAGGAACGGUGCUCGGACACAUGCAGGGACCUCCAGAUAAAGUUGAAUCUAUGAUGCACUGGCUGAAAACCGUCGGCAGCCCGAGUAGCCAAAUUGACAAAGCGGAGUUCAGAAACCCACAGGACAUUGACCAAUACACAUUUGACGACUUCACCAUCAGAAAGGAUUGAAAAGGUAUUUUAUUAGACAAAUUUAGAGUCUCAUCGCUGGGAAAUAGUGGAAUAUCUCGUAUGAUGUAAUCCCUAGUGUAUUUAUUAAGGUGCUAAAUUAUACGUUCAGUAUUUGUAUUGUUAAUUUGUUAUCAAGCAACAGGUACUGUUUUCACUGAUAUGUAACUAAAAAGCAUUGUAAACGUGUACCUUUUUCUUGAGAACAUCCACAUCCAAUGUAUAACAUAUGCAAAUAAACUCCUUUAGCCAA